AUGUCCUACGCGACCGAUUUGCGCGUCGGCGGCAAAUGGCGCUUGGGCCGUCGUAUCGGCGCCGGUUCUUUCGGAGACAUCUACAUAGGCGUCAACAUCCAAACAAACGAAGAGGUUGCAGUCAAGUUGGAGAACGUCAAGACCAAGCAUCCCCAACUCAUUUAUGAGAGCAAGAUCUACCGCUACCUUAACAUCUCUCCCAACGGACAACCGGUUGUCGGUAUUCCGAAAGUUCGCUGGUAUGGCUGUGAGGGCGAGUACAAUGUCAUGACUAUCGACUUGCUGGGCCCUUCGCUGGAGGACUUGUUCAACUUUUGUCACCGCAGGUUUUCUCUUAAAACUGUACUUAUGCUUGCCGAUCAAAUGAUUCAGAGAAUUGAGUACGUUCAUUCGAGAAGCUUUCUGCAUCGCGAUAUCAAGCCAGACAACUUUCUCAUGGGUUUGAGCAAGGAAUCAAACACAGUUUAUGUCAUCGACUUUGGGCUCGCCAAGAAAUAUCGUGACCACAAGACGCAUGUCCAUAUUCCGUAUAGGGAGAACAAGAACCUUACAGGUACUGCUCGUUACGCGUCUAUCAACACUCACCUUGGCAUCGAACAGUGCCGUCGCGAUGAUCUCGAAUCAUUGGGUUUUGUCCUCAUGUAUUUCAACCGGGGUGCUUUACCCUGGCAGGGACUCCGGGCCGCCACCAAGAAGCAGAAGUAUCAGAAAAUCUCAGACCGUAAGGUCUCCACCUCUAUCAACGAACUCUGCAAAAACUACCCCCCAGAGUUUGCCACAUACCUCCGGUACUGCCGGUCUCUUCGCUUCGACGAUCGUCCGGACUACGCAUAUUUACGCGGUCUUUUCCGCGACCUCUAUCUUCGUGAAGGCUAUGCAGAUGACUCUAUUUUUGACUGGACCCUUAUGAAGAAUCAGGAUGGCAGUGGUGCAUCAGCGAAUCCCGCCGCCCAGGCUUCGGCUCCUGCCCAAGGGGGCCAUGUCUAUACGCCGCACGGCCCCGAUGGACAAGACAUGGGUCAGCAAAACGUGGUUGAUAGUACAGGAUUGCAUCACCCACAUGGGGCGGGUGGAGUGCCGCCCUACAGUUACCAUCUGACGCCCACGCUGCCCGGGCCCCCGCUCCCGCACAUGCACCACAACCCCUCCAUGAUGAAGACUACAGGCAACGGUAUGCCGUCUUCAAGCAAUCGGCGUGGUGACCCAGGGGCGGGGGGUUCCCGACCGGUAGAUGCGAGAAAAGAUGGUAAUGGCCAGCAAAGGAUUUCACGGAUGCGCAUACCAUCUCUUGGGAGGCGUUAGACCUAUCAUAUAGUUUGACGUCCGUCUUAUGUGUGGUUUUCUUAACUAUGCAGUCCUGUCAAGAGAAGAACAAACCUGUUUUAAUGUUGUGCUUCUGCUUAUUCCGUUCACAGUUGUUGUUCUUACGUGUGUUUGUUUGUUCCCCUUCUAAAGGACAUCGACUUAGUGUCGCUGUAGUCUAUAUUCAGCUUCUGUCCGUGUCAACACUUCUGUUGAGUGAACGUAAGCGUUCUGAAGGCAAGCGAAAGUAAUACUGCGUAUGCCCUGUCGUUUGCUACGUGCUGCGGGUGAGCAUGUUCUCAACUUCAAUGAUUUCUGAACUGUUUGAAUGGCACUCGGAACGCCAUUCCUCGCAAUGUUAGCGAUCUGCAAGUUUUCUUUCGUACUUGGACUCGUACUCUGAAGUAGUUAGGCGCGGUACAAGGUGCUGUCUUUACCGGUAUUUGUGUCGGCAUGUGCAGUUUUUGGCUGUGCGGCCACCGUUUUCAAGCCCACGGCAGCCCAAGAAGGGCAGAGUCAUGGGACGUUGUGCUGAGAGGGUUUCAUGUGCUCCGCAAGGGAAUGUAUUUUGGAUCUGACUUUCCGUGCGCACAGCUUAGCUGUCAAAUUAUGCAGAACGUUAGAACUUUGAAUGACAACUAAAAGUUUGGCCACGCGCCCCAAUCAAAGAACA